UCUUUUUCGUUGAAGUUAGGAAAAUACUUUUUCCAAAAACGUGAAACUGUUCAUUUAGAAAAGAAAGGGGAAAAUGGUAUUUUUCUUCACAACAAAUGUUACUUCCCCACCACACACUAUUUAUAUGGGACUGGAUAAACAUGAAAAUGAAGACUUAAUUAAAUGGGGAUUUCCUGAAGAUGUAUGGUUCCAUGUAGAUAAAGUAUCCUCAGCACACGUCUACCUCAGACUUCAUCCGUAUGAGACAUUAGAUGAUCUACCACAAGCAGUUAUAGAAGAUUGUGCUCAAUUAGUUAAAGCCAACAGUAUAUCAGGAAAUAAAAUGAACAAUGUAGAUGUAGUUUAUACAAUGUGGGACAAUCUGAAAAAGACUGGUUCAAUGGAUGUGGGACAAGUUGGCUUCUUCAAAGAUAAAGAGGUGAGAAAAAUAAGAGUAGAAAAAAGAAUGAAUGAAAUUGUAAAUAGACUUAAUAAAACAAAAGCAGAACGAACAGUAGAUUUACGUGCAGAGAGAGAGCAAAGAGAUAGAGAAGAAAGAGAAGAUCAGAAGAAAAAAUUACAGGAACAAAGAAAAAGAGAAAAGGAAGAUGAAGAUAAAAAGAAAAAGGAUGCUGAAACUAGAUCUUAUGACUCACUUAUGAGGCCGGAAAAUAUGACAUCAAAUGUGGAUGCUGAUAAUGACUCAGAUGAUUUUAUUUCCAGUUGCGUUUUGAAUGAAUAUCUUCAAUAAAAAUACAUUAAUGAUAUGCAGAAAAUAGUUCAGUUCCUGUGCGGAUGAAUAUUUCCUUUUGCUGACGCGAGGAGUCUGGCAACAGUUGCCGUAGGAAUAAACGCCAUAGCCACCGUAGCUGACGACUGUUACCCACCAACAUUAUUUACAAAUUUACAGCUAUACAUGGCUACACAGACCUUUGUAACGGAUCUUCAAGCCAUGAAUCCAACAGUAGUACAGUUACAGAGUUCCAAACAGGCACAGCAAGUUCAGAAUUCAGAUUCAUCUCAGAAAUCCCAGGGCACAACAAUAAUACAGUCUGCACAGGGUCAUCCUCAACAGUUUGUUAUUACAACUGUCCAGGAAGCCUUAGAGAACCAGCAUGGACAUGAAAAUGUUACACUACAACAAGGUGGACCAACUGUUUAUUCCACCCAAGUACAGUAUGUAGAUGAUCCAAGUCUCUACUCAACCAACGGGCAAAUGCAGGGUACAACUUUCCAAACAGAAUACGGACAAACAAUGUACACACCAGUAUCUGGUACUUACUACCAGACUGUAGCUACAGGAUUAACACAAUUGGGUACUAUGCAAGGACAAAUAUUACAACACCAGACAGGUACAUACCUGAUACAGGGAGGGACAAUGGAUGGAGAAGGUACUCCACUUACUACCACUACCAGGGCAUCACCAGCCACAGUUCAGUGGUUGAUAGACAAUUAUGAAACAGCAGAGGGUGUAAGUCUGCCGCGGAGUACAUUAUAUAAUCAUUACCUUCGUCAUUGUCAAGAGCAGAAUUUAGACCCAAUGAAUCCAGCUUCCUUUGGUAAACUGAUAAGAUCUGUGUUUCUUGGUCUGAGAACAAGACGUUUGGGAACAAGAGGAAAUUCCAAGUAUCAUUACUAUGGUAUUAGAAUAAAGGCCAGUUCACCUCUAAAUCAAUUUACAGAUGAUCAAACAAUGGCCAUGAGACAACAACCCAUGUAUCAGGGUAAAAAAUUCCGUCCACCCAACAAGUCAGAUGAAGACAGUUAUGACAGUGCCCAACAUGGACCAGUAGAUGCUGCAACAGCUCAACAGCAACAACACCAACAGUUUCUUGGAGAUGCUUCUGGAGCCUUACCUAACUUUGGAACAAUAGACACAACAAAAAUACCCUUACCAGAUGGUGUUACCCUUGACCAUAUCAAAGCCUUUGAAAAAAUGCACAAAGAACAUGCUGAGGCUAUAGUGGAUGUAGUGGUCAAUUUACAGUUUUCUUUGAUUGAAGCUUUAUGGCAAGGAUUUUGGAGAAAUACUCCUCCUGAUCAGAUGAUAGCAGAUAAUGAUUAUGAAAAGAGAUUGCCAAGGGAAAAAUUAUAUGCUGUUAGUUUAUAUGAACCACUUCAAGAAUAUGUUAGAAAGGCAGAUUAUGCUUUUUAUCAAGCCUUAGUAGAAGUUCUUAUACCUGAUGUGCUGAGGCCAAUACCAAGUUCUCUUACUCAAGCCAUCAGAAAUUUUGCAAAAAGUUUAGAAAAUUGGUUGAAGGGUGCAAUGACUGGUGUUCCUGAUAAAAUGUACAAAGCAAAGGCAGGAGCAGUUAGUGCUUUUGCCCAAACAUUAAGGAGAUACACAUCAUUAAAUCAUCUGGCACAGGCAGCUAGGGCAGUUUUACAGAACACAUCACAGAUAAACCAAAUGUUAACUGACCUCAAUAGAGUGGAUUUUGCUAAUGUACAAGAGCAAGCAUCAUGGGUAUGUCAGUGUGAAGACACAGUUGUUCAACAGUUGCAAGAAGAUUUCAAACAGACAUUAGAAAGACAAAACUCUUUAGAACAGUGGGCUGUAUGGUUAGAAAGUGUUGUAAACAAAGUGCUCAAACCACAUGAUGGAACAGAUAACUUUCCUAAAGCUGCACGACAGUUUUUGUUAAAAUGGUCCUUCUAUAGCUCAAUGGUGAUCAGAGACCUGACCUUACGUAGUGCAGCAAGUUUUGGAUCCUUCCAUCUGAUUAGAUUACUGUAUGAUGAGUACAUGUUUUAUUUGGUGGAACAUAAAGUAGCAGCAGCUACAGGAGAAACACCUAUAGCUGUUAUGGGAGAGUUCAUUGACCUUAGUAGUGCUGUUAUGUUAGGAACAUUAGAAUCUGAUUCCGUGCCUUCACCUGUUAUAAACAAAGCUCCAGCCAGUAAACCAGCAGUUACGAGAGAUCAUACUGGUCAGGAACAUACAACUACACUUAUGGUUCUGACAUCAAAUUCAGGUUCACACAAUGUCAAUGGAAAUGUGAUAUCCACAGCCGCUAAUCCUACAACAGUGACAGUCCGAGCAGCUACAGCCCAAAAUUCUGUCCCAGGGGCAAAAACUAUUGUUGUUAUGCCAGUUUCCAAUGCAGUUGGAUCUGGUGAUGCAAGUGCCAAAAGACUGAAAGUUGAAUAAGCUAGUCGUAUCAAGGACAAGGAUCUUUGAUCAUAUCUCAUAUGUAUAUAAUUUUUCAUAUGCAUAAACAAUGUUGCUAGUGUUAUAAGAUUUGUGAUAUUCAGACAUUUUAGUAGUGUUUUUCUUAGCAUUAAGAUUGUUGUGUUACUAUUUUAUCUUUUUUUAAACAAUGAAAAUCAAUGGUUUUUACAAUGAAAUUAUUCUUGUAUGAUUGAAAUAAUUUAGCUAGUUUGAUUUCCCUUUAUUUUUAUUGUUUGUUAGAUAAAUAGUUACUUUUCCCCUUCACAUUCCAGAAAAUAUACCAUUUCAAAAUGAAAUCUCAAAAGUUUCUCAUAUUUCUAAUUCGUACAGGGUUUAAAUGCCUACUAUCUGCAAGUAGAAUGUUUCCAUAUUUUUUCUUUAUUUGUUGUUGAAGCUUUUUCAUAUUCCUGUUUAAACCAGAAAGAUGAUGUAACCAA